CAGGGAGAGGUGGUUCAGAUGGCGGGGAUGGGCAUCGGCUUUUGAAAGCGGAAUGUAUUUCAUCCCGGCAGAGAUUCAGUCAGGGAUUCAUCUCCACAUGUGAUUCCCGUGGUGUGAUGUAGCCUCUGCGUGAUUACUGUGUGCAGGGCGAGCUGUCGACCACUGUCUUAAUUAAUUAAUUUCUUUGGAGGAGGAGGAGCAGGAACGUAUCUUUGGUGGAGGGAAGAAACUGCCUUUCAACGAAUGAAGGAAUCUGUUGAAGAUUUAAAACGAAUCGCCUGCAGAAUCAUUCAGGUCUUAAUGAAAUGUUCGAUGCCAUAUUACGUAAAAGGACUGUAUAUAGCUGCUUGGAUAAUAUCCUUCGUGCAUCAUCCGCUGGUAUCAUUGAACGGGAAUGAAGAUGCGGUGCAUACUGAGUGAUCUCACCGCGGGAGAGAGGCGCUGUGUGCGGGUGGAAAACAGAUCGCUGGUGGUUAUUGUUGGCUCUCAACAGUCGAGCGGUUCUUUACAAUAGACAGAAAAAAGAAAGUCACCCGGUACCGAGGCUACUACGGUUUCUGGGGCAGCCAGGAGCGGAUUGUUACCGGCGGAGACCUGCAGAGCCCCACAAGGAGCCUGCCAGAUGGAUCACUAUUCUACUUUGCAACUGCAGUGUCUGGAGAUGACCACGAAGCGGAAGCUGAUUGGCCGGCUGGUGCCGUGCCGCUGUUUCCGGGGCGAGGAGGAGGUGAUCUCGGUGCUGGACUACUCCCACUGCAGCCUGCAGCAGGUGCCCAAGGAGAUCUUCAGCUUCGAGAGGACGUUGGAGGAACUCUACCUGGACGCCAAUCAGAUAGAGGAGCUGCCCAAGCAACUGUUCAACUGCCAGGCCCUGAAGAAGCUCAGCAUGCCUGACAACGACCUGUCCAACCUGCCCCCCUCCAUCGCAAGCCUGGUCAACCUCAAAGAGCUGGACAUCAGUAAAAAUGGUAUCCAGGAGUUCCCAGACAAUAUCAAGUGUUGUAAAGGCCUGUCUGUGGUUGAGGCCAGCGUCAACCCAAUUGCCAAACUCCCAGAGGGGUUCACCCAGCUCCUGAAUCUGACCCAGCUCUUCCUCAACGAUGCCUUUCUGGAGUAUCUCCCUGCUAAUUUUGGAAGACUCUCCAAGCUACGGAUCCUGGAGCUACGAGAAAACCAUCUAAAAACAAUGCCAAAGUCCAUCCACAGACUGUCCCAGCUGGAACGACUGGAUCUGGGGAGCAACGAGUUCUCUGAGAUGCCAGAGGUAUUGGAACAGAUCCAUAACCUGAAGGAACUGUGGAUGGACAAUAAUUCUCUACAGUCAAUACCAGGGUCACUAGGUAAAUUGCGGCAGCUUCGCUACUUGGACUUGGCCAAGAACCGCAUCGAGACGUUAGACACAGACAUCUCAGGCUGUGAGAACCUCGAAGACCUCCUACUGUCCUCCAAUAUGCUGCAGCACCUCCCGGACUCUAUAGGAAUGUUGAAGAAAAUGACGACACUGAAGGUAGACGACAACCAGCUGACCUCACUGCCUAACACCAUCGGGAGUGUGAAGGCCAAGCAUGGUCUGUCUCUGCUGGAGGAGUUGGAUGUCAGCUGUAACGAGCUGGAGUCGCUGCCCUCGUCCAUCGGGUACCUGCACAACCUGAGAACCUUCGCCGCCGACGAGAACUUCCUCACGGAGCUGCCCAGAGAGAUCGGUAACUGUAGAAAUGUCACCGUGAUGUCGCUACGGUCGAACAAACUGGAGUUCCUGCCCGAUGAGAUCGGACAGAUGACCAAACUACGGGUUCUCAACCUCAGCGAUAACAGGUUAAGGAAUCUGCCCUUUACCUUCACUAAGUUGAAGGACCUAGCAGCUUUAUGGCUCUCUGACAAUCAGUCCAAGGCCCUGAUCCCCCUCCAGACGGAGGCCCACCCAGAAACCAAGCAGAGGGUCCUGACGAACUACAUGUUCCCCCAGCAGCCUCGCCAUGAUGAGGACUACCAGUCGGACAGCGACAGCUUCAACCCGGCUCUGUGGGAGGAGCAGCGGCAGCAGAGGAUGACGGUCGCUUUCGACUUUGAGGAGAAGAAGGAGGAGGAGGACAACUCUGGGAAGGUCAAGGUGGAGAUCAACCUGAAGCGGUACCCCACCCCCUACCCCGAGGACCUGAAGAACAUGGUCAAGUCGGUGCAAAGCCUUGUGGGUAAGAACGUGCACGGCGGCCACGUGCACCAGCACCAGCACCAGCUCAGCACGGGCACCGCCACCUCGGCUGGCACCAACAUAGAACACACACACCUGAGCCAGGAGCCCUACGACCCCCCCUGGCCCCUCCCCCCCAAAGAGGUUACAGAUAGAGACAUGCAGGACUUCUCUCAGACCCAGCUAAUGGAUCAGGGAUCGAUCCAUAACUCUGGAAUCGAUAUUCCUAAAAGGAAGGACAAGGAGGAGCUCACAGAGAGCUCCGAGGACUCCAUGGGUGGAUCUCCAAACGACAUCCGUAUCUCUGACAUGAGACCCACCCUGGUAGAGCCCCCGAUGUACAAACCCAAAGUGGUUCUUCUGGGCAAGGACAAGAAAGAGUCCACCGACGAGGAGGUGGACAAGAUGCACUGUCUGAACCACAGCGGCUCCUCGGCCACCUACUCGGACUACUCCCCGUCGCAGGGCUCCUCGGGGUCCUCCAACCCCCCCGGGGGCACGCACCCCCACCCCCACCCCCACGCGCUCUCACACGCACACGCGCACGCGCAGGCACACACGCGCUCGCACACGCCCACCCUGCCGACGCCGGGCAAGGAGCAGGCGCCACAGACCCACUGGACCAACAGAUUGGCUCAGUCCUUCCCCAAGCCCAUUGACUCCAAGCCCCUGCUUUCUCAAAGGGAAACCCCUCCAUCAGGCACCUUGCAGCAGCACGGAGACCGACGCCCACUCAGCGAGCCCUUUGAUUGGUCAGAAGCGCCGCACUACGACAACACAGGUUUCGAUGCCGAAGAAUCUCCCAUGGAUUCCCAGACCCCCGCCGGUAGCCACGGUAACCCCCCGCUGGGCUCCAAACCCCGCAGCCAAUCGGCACACGGUCGCCGCCCCCUCCUGCGGCAGGAGCGAAUCGUGGGGGUUCCUCUGGAGCUGGACACCCAGACCCUCCCCUUCCACAGCAACCAGCGCGCCAACCCCGACAGCAACCCCCCGCCCCCGGCCCCCCCGGCCCCCCAGAACCCCUGGCAGAACUGGACCCGCACGCCCAGCCCCUUCGAGGACCGGACCGCCUUCCCCUCCAAGCUGGACCUCACGCCCUCGUCCAGCCCCAACCCCGACCGCAAGGAGCUGGAGUCCAGGCUGGAGCAGGCAGGGGCCAGCCCACUGCCUGGCAACUGGAGUUACCAUGACAACCAGGAGCAGAACAGGAAGGAGCAGCUGAGCGUCGGCGGGGGCAACAAGGUAACGGUGGUGAUGAGCAAGAGCUCGGAGCGCCUUUCGCCCAUGAUGAAGGAGAUGCGCUCCAAGUUCAAGAAGUCCCAGAGCAUCGACGAGAUCGACAUGGGCUCCUACAAGGUCUACAGCAUUCCCAUGGACAGCUACAGCUCGUCCAUCGAGCAGCAGGCCAGCCUGGAGCGGCCGGACCUCCACGGCUCCAUGGAGCAGAGCAACAUGUCACGCUCCCAGUCCGCCCCCAUGCUGGACGACGAGAUGGGCUUCAGCGGGAACGCCUCCAGCAACCACAACCACAGCCAGCAGGGCGGCGGCCAGAAGCCCGCCAUCCCCCACAAGGCGUACCACUUCGACCACAACUACAACCCCCAGCAGGUGACCAUGGACCGCAGGGCUCCGCCCCCUUUCCCGACCACGCCCGACUACGCCAACCACUCAGGGAAGGCCCUGGAGUACAUGAACCAGCCCGGCAAGACCCUCCCCAAAGACAUGGUGAGCCCCCGUUACCGCGGCUACCCGCCCCUGGAGAUGUUCUCCUUCCCCCAGCCGCCAAUCAACCAGGAGGGCCCGCCCCCCCAGCAGCAGCAGCAGCAGCAGCAGCAGCAGCAGCAGCAGCAGCAGCCAAUCCCGUCGCAGCGCUCCCGGCCAGGGUUCCUGCGGCGGGCUGACUCCCUGGUGAGCUCCACGGAGCUGGCCCUGUUCCGCAGGGUCCACGAGGCCCAGCAGGAGGCGCUGCAGGAGUCCCAGUACCGGCAGCAGGCCGAGCCCCCCCACUACGGUCGCUCCCUGGCCUACUCCACCCUCAUGGACCACUCCUCUGCCCUCGCCAACAUGGCCGAGAGCCAGGGCCAGCUCAUGCACAACAAGAGGAACGGUCGCUACGACGACGACUACUCUGCGUACCAGGAGCAGAAGAAGCCCAUGAUUGGCUACCCGACCAAGAGCCUGACUCAGCGUCGCCCCCUGUCGGCCAGGAGCUACAGCACAGAGACCUACGGCGCUUCUCAGGCGCGUCCGGUCUCCGCCCGGCCCACCAUGGCCGCCCUGCUGGAGAAGAUGCCCCCCGACUACGCGCUGGCCACCUGCCCCGAGAAGCCCUCCGAGGACACCAUCAAGGUGCGGCCCGGGCCGCAGCCCAAGCCCGAUGACAUCACCUCCAAGAUGCCCGCCGACUGGAGGCAGCAGCUGCUCCGACACAUCGAAGCCAAGAGGAUGGACCGGAGUGGUGUCCUAAAGCACAACACGCUCACCCUGGGCAUGCUCUGUCAGGGCGGGGUUCACGCCCCGGGCCGCAGCAGCACUUUGAACUUUAACCUUUACAAUAACAUUAAGCAUGCGCCCCCUGCUGGCCAGUGGCUGCCACUACCGCCUCCUCCAUCCGCUACCGCUACGCCUCAGCAGGGUGCCAUGCUGGACAACGACCAGGAGGGGGGGACAGCGAGCAGCCAGUGGGCUCUCUACUCCCUCGGCAGGCGGGACGUGCCGCCUGAUAACGUCAUGAAGAAGAAUGUCCACGCCCACAACCCCUCCCACCAGCAGCACAACACCAUGAUGGUCACCUCCUCUUCCGGCUCCUCGGCCACGCCCCCUCACCGCGGGAUGGGCCAGCAGGGCUACGAGGGCGGGGCCAUCAACAAGGGCGGCCAAUACCAGCAGGGGAUGGUCAUGGCCAUCUCGCCCUCUGGGGGCGGGGGCCAAUACCAAGCCCUGCCCCUCGCACUGACCUCCCCCAGCCAGCCCUACCCCGGCGGGGGGAUGUCCAUGUCCAUGACCCCCUCCGGCAACCAGCCCCAGUACGCCUCGCACCCGCCCUCCCUGCCGGCCACCAACCCCCAGUACCACAGUAACCACGGCAACCACGGCAACCACGGCAACCACGGUAACCACGGCAACCAGGGCAUGGUCCACAGCGGCCAGGUGGGCAUGGCGACCCACACCAACCCGCGGCCCCAGAGCGCGCGCUGCCUCCUGCAGACCAAAGGGCAGAAGAGCAUCGACGGCUUCCAGGACCAGAUGUGCGUGCGGAUAGAGAAGAACCCCGGUCUGGGUUUCAGUAUCUCGGGGGGCAUCAGCGGGCAGGGGAACCCCUUCAAGCCCUCCGACAUGGGUAUCUUUGUUACUAGGGUACAGCCUGACGGACCUGCCUCGACAUCCCUGCGGCCGGGGGACAAGAUCCUACAGUGAAGUGUUUCUGAGCUAGCGCUGCCCCCAGUGUCUGCGCCCCCCCUGCUCCCACCCACCACACACACACUGCCUGAGACCCACGCACACGCACACGCAAACGCACACCAGUGCAUGACGUCAUGAGAACAGCCAUACCUACCGCAGACCCCAAUUAAGCGACGUAUACAAAGAUACUCACGCACACACAUCCACCCAUCCAACCAUGCACACAGACACACACACACACACAACCAUCACCCCCCCCCCCACACACACACACACACACACACACACGCACACACACGCACACAGAUCCAUGCAUGGAACCCCGGAAAUGCACAUACGCACACAUAUAAGGUACAUGCAUUGUUCUCUUACGCGCACGCAAACACACACGCACACCCACAAACACACAUUCUCUCUCUCCCUCACAAACACACACGCACACACACACACACACACACACACACACACACACACACACACACACACACACACACACACACACACACACAUGCUGUUGACUGUGCUGCGUGUUUGCCUUGCAGGCUAAUGGACAUAGUUUUUUACACAUGGAGCACGAGACAGCCGUCUCUCUGCUGAAGAGCUUCCGGCGGGCGGUGGACUUGGUGGUUCUGAGGGACAGCAGCACAUGCUAAAAUCUAGUUUUCCAAACAAACAAAGAAAGACAGACUGACAGACAGACAAACACACCAUCGACGCUUCUGUUCACAUUGCCACAUCUCCCUACUCCACCAUUACUGCCCCCUGCUGGAGGUGUGUGGAACUGGACACAAUCAUCCAGGCCACCUUUUAUUUCCCCUAUUAGAGAACCACACCCGGGACAAUUUGCCUAUUGCUGGACCAAAGGCAAUACUAGUGCCAAAUGUAUCAUAAGAGAACACAGAGACUCUCAGACGAUCUCUCUUUCCGCCAGUACUUGCAGAAAUGAAAGAAGACAGGAUGGUGACUGAUUCUACUCUUCAUUUGGUUGGACGAGUGACUACAGGGCUGCUGCAGUUUUAAACGGUGUGGUUGGUUUGUUAGUUAGCUGUUCCGAUUGUUUUCUUCUGCGGGUGGUUAUUUGACCUGGUUUAUUUAUUUAUAUUGCUGCCUUUUUGAUUUAGCUGUGCUUUGUGAGAUGGCUUUAUUUUAUGCUUGUAGACAGCUGCUUUCAGUCUGCGUUCUUUUCUGCUUUGCUUUGUCCAUGAAUUUCUGUCCUGUUCAUUGUAUCUUUUUUGUCGUUUUCAUUUGGUCUUCUCUGUUUGUGUUUUGUUGCGUUGCGUGUCGUUUUGCAUCCUGUGUUUGGAUCUGAAGUGUGUGCUGCCUGGUGAAGGUACUCUGCCUUGCGUACGUGUGUAGAGAAACAGCAUUCCCAUUGGUCUCAGCCACAAGGGGGUAUACUGUACACACAUCUAGGCGAUGAGUAUUAUAUUAUUAUUAUUGCUAAGAAAUUGUAUUCUCUCCAUCGGUGAUCCAAAAGGGACCUUUUCUCUGAGUGGACUUUUUUUUUUUUAAGUAGAUGAUGCCGCUUAUUGUUUCUUUCUUUUCUGUAAACAAUAAUUGAGUAGUUCACCACUUCUACCUGCUGCUCUGUUUGACGUGAUGCCAUUCGUUUCAAACAGCCAUGCUGACUUAAAAGAGCUAAAGCAA